AUGUGUGAUGCAAUAAAUGAAAAAGAUGAGAGAUAUAAAUAUGCUUCUGAAUUAAUGGAUAAAGAUGGAUGUAAAUAAGUUAAUUUAGAAUUGACUUAAUGUCUGAAAUAAUACAAGAAAGAUUGGAGAAUGUGUAAAGUAGAACAUAUAUAUAUUUAUUGAUAGGAUCAAACUACAAAUUUAUAGAAAUGUCUUAUUGAAUAAAAGAACCAGAGACCUAAAUGA